CUCCGAGGCUCCCAGAUCCGGCUCCCUGAUCGCGGAAGCUUGCUGUGCCUUUAAAGAAAGCAGACUCCUGGCUGUGACGCACUUCUGGCUGUCAGCCAGGAAGAUCGCUCCUGCCAGGCUGAGAAGAAAACCAACAACUUUUCUUUUGUGUGUGGGGUUACUUUCCACUACCCCCCCUUCCUCCUCUCCUUUCAAGAUUUAAAUGCUAAUGGCGGAUUAAAACCUGUAAAUACGUUUGCCUUUAGGAAUCUGGUGCAUUGGGGUGACGGUCUGGUAUCACCAAGAUGACGCUCCAUGCCACUCGAGUGGCUGCACUCCUUUCUUGGGUGAAUGGUCUGCAUGUGGCUGACCCUGUGGAGGACUUGCUGCAGCUCCAGGACUGCAGCGUCUUCAUCAAGAUCAUUGGUAGCAUCCACAGCACUGAGGAGGGGCAGCAAAUCCUGCAGCAGCCAGUGCCAGAGAGACUGGACUUUGUGUGCAAUUUUCUGCAGAAAAACCGAAAACAUCCAUCUACCCUGGAAUGCCUGGUGUCAGUGCAGAAGGUGAUAGAGGGGUCAGAACUGGAACUGGCCAAGAUAACCAUGUUGCUCUUAUACCAGUCCACCAUGAGCUCCAAAAGUCCCAGGGACUGGGAACAAUUUGAAUAUAAGAUUCAGGCUGAGUUAGCCAUCAUUCUCAAAUUUGUGCUGGACCAUGAAGAUGGACUCAACUUGAAUGAAGACCUAGAGAACUUCUUGCAAAAAGCUCCUGUCCCUUCUAGCACCAUCUCUGAAGAUCUCUCCCCACCCAGCCACCAGGCCAGGAGGGAGGUUCGCUUUCUAGAGCUACAGAAGGUUGCCUCUUCCAGUGGGAACAACUUCCUUUCAGGUUCUCCGGCCUCCCCCAUGGGUGACAUCCUGCAGACGCCACAAUUCCAGAUGAGACGGCUGAAGAAGCAGCUUGUGGAUGAAAGAAAUAAUAGGGAUGAGCUGGAGCUGGAGCUGGCUGAGAACCGCAAGCUCCUCACCGAGAGGGAUGCGCAGAUAGCCAUGAUGCAACAGCGCAUUGACCGCCUGGCUCUGCUGAACGAGAAGCAGGCGGCCAGUCCGCUGGAGCCCAGGGAGCUUGAGGAGCUCCGUGGCAAGAAUGAGAGCCUCACCAUGCGGCUCCACGAAACUCUGAAGCAGUGCCAGGACCUGAAGACAGAGAAGAGCCAGAUGGACCGUAAAAUUAACCAGCUUUCUGAGGAGAAUGGGGACCUUUCCUUUAAGCUGCGCGAGUUUGCCAGUCACCUGCAGCAGCUACAGGGUGCCCUCAACGACCUGACAGAGGAGCAUAGCAAGGCCACUCAGGAGUGGGUGGAGAAGCAGGCCCAUCUUGAGAAGGAGUUUAGCACAGCCCUGCAGGACAAGAAAUGCCUUGAAGAGAAGAAUGAAAUCCUUCAGGGAAAACUUUCACAGUUGGAAGAACAUUUGGCCCGGCUACAGGAGAACCCACCCCAGGAGAAGGGUGAGGUGCUGGGUGACGUUUUGCAGCUGGAAACCUUGAAGCAAGAGGCAGCCACUCUUACUGCAGACAACACCCAGCUCCAAGCCAGGGUGGAGGCACUGGAGACGGAGCAGGGCCAGCAGGAAGCCAAGCUGCUUGCUGAGCGGGGCCACUUUGAAGAAGAAAAGCAGCAUCUGGCUGGCCUAAUUGCUGAGCUGCAGAACUCCCUAUCCAAUGCCAGCCAGGCCAAGGAAGAGCUGGAGAAGGCCUCCCAGGCUCAGGAGGCCCAGUUGUCUGCUCAGGUGGCCACGCUGACCUCUGAGCUAACAACUCUUAAUGCUACUCUCCAGCAGCAGGACCAAGAACUGGCUUGCUUGAAGCAGCAGGCCAAAAAGGAGCAGGCCCAGCUAGCACAGACCCUCCAGCAGCAAGAACAGGCCUCCCAGACCCUCCGCCACCAGGUGGAGCAACUGAGCACCAGCCUGAAGCAGAAGGAGCAGCAGCUGGAGAAGGCCACCAAGGAGCUGGAGGCCACCAGGCGAGACUACUCCCAGCAACUGGCCACUGUUGCUGAGCGGGAGGCCUCCUUAAGAGAGAGGGAUUCAGCCCUCCAGCAAGUAGAGGCACUGGAGAAAGAGAAGGCUGCGAAGCUAGAGGUCCUGCAACAGCAACUUCAGGCUGCUAAUGAAGCCCGGGACAGUGCCCAGAUCUCAGUGACACAGGCGCAGCAGGAGAAAGCAGAGCUGAGCCAAAAGGUGGAGGAACUUCAUGCCUGUAUUGAGGCAGCCCGCCAGGAGCAGUGUGAGACCCAGGCCCAGGUAGCAGAAUUAAAGGCCCAGCUGAGGUCUGAGCUGCAAAAAGCAACUGAGAGAGAAAGGGUGGCCCAGGAGAAGAACCAGCUCCAGGAGCAGGUCCAGGCCCUUGAGGAGUCCUUGAAGAUCACUAGGGGCGGCCUUGAAGAGGAGAAGCGCAGGGCUGCAGUCACCCUGGAAGAGCAGCAGUGUUGUAUCUCCAAACUAGAGGCAGAGACCCGGAGCCUGGUAGAGCAACAUAAGCAGGAACAAAAGGAGCUAGAAGAAGAGAAGGCUGGACGCAAAGAGCUGGAGGCUCAAUUACAGCAGCUUGGGGAGGCCCAUCAGGCUGUGACAGAAGCCCUGCGGCGGGAGCUGGCAGAGGCCAUAGCCUCCCAGCGUGAGGCUGAGAGUGAGUGUGAGCAGCUUGCCAAGGAGGUGGCCACCUGGCGUGAGCGGUACGAGGAUAGCCAGCAAGAGGAGGCCCAGUAUGGUGCCAUGUUCCAGGAACAGCUGAUGACUCUGAAGGAGGAAUGUGAGAAGGCCCGCCAGGAGCUGCAGGAGGCAAAGGAGAAGGUGUCAGGGAUAGAGUCCCACAGCGAGCUCCAGAUAGGCCGGCAGCAGAGUGAGCUAGCCCAGCUCCAUGCCAGCCUGGCCAGAGCCCACCAGCAGGUCCAAGAGAAGGAGAUCAGGGCCCAGAAACUUGCAGAUGACCUCUCUGCUAUGCAGGAGAAGAUGGCUGCCGCCAGCAAGGAGGUGGCCCGCCUGGAGGCCUUGGUGCGCAAAGCCGGUGAGCAGAAGGAAACAACUUCCUGUGAGCUACUCAAGGAGCCCCCAAGGGCAGCAGACAGAGGAUCAGAGUGGCCAGAAGAGCAGCAGGGACAUCAGUUCUGCAGCACACAGGCUGCACUGCAGGCCAUGGAGCGUGAAGCAGAGCAAAUGGGCAGUGAGCUGGAGAGGCUGCGGGCUGCACUGAUGGAGAGCCAGGGGCAGCAACAGGAGGAGCGUGAGCAGCAGGAGCGUGAGGUGGCUCAGCUGACCCAGGAGCGGGGCCGAGCCCAAGCUGAUCUUGUCCUGGAGAAGGCCGCCAAGGCAGAGCUUGAGAUGCGGUUGCAGAAUGCCCUCAAUGAGCAGCGUGUGGAGUUUGCUACCCUGCAAGAAGCACUCGCCCAUGCCCUGAGGGAAAAGGAAGGGAAGGACCAGGAGCUGGCCAAGCUUCGUGGGCAGGAGGCAGCCCAGAGAACAGAGCUGGGGGAGCUUCAGCAAACCGUGGAGCAACUGAAGAAACAGCUGUCCAAGAAGGAAGAGGAGCACCAGCAGUCUCUAGGGAUGGCCAGUGGAGAAGACACCUGUGGGUCAGGAGCCCAGUCUGAGGCUACUGGAAAGACCAAGCGAAGAAGCCCUGACCUGGAGGCUCUGCAGGCAGAGGUGAGCAAGCUGGAGCAGCAGUGCCGUGAGCAUCAGGAGAAGGCCUCUAGCCUGGAGCGUAGCCUAGAGUCUGAGCGUGCCUCCCAGACGGAGCGGGCCUGUGCUCUGGAGACUUUGCGGGGCCAGUUAGAAGAGAAGGCCCAGGAGCUGGGGCGCAGUCAGGAGACUUUAGCCUCAGCACAAAGGGAGCUGGCCACCCUCCGCACCAAGGCCCAAGACCAUGGCAAGGCUGAGGAUGAGUGGAAGGCCCAGGUGGCCCGUGGCCAGCAGGAGGCUGAGAGAAAAAACAGCCUCAUCAGCAGCUUAGAGGAGGAGGUGUCUAUCCUAAACCGUCAGGUCCUGGAGAAGGAGGGUGAGAGCAAGGAGUUGAAGCGGCUUAUUGUAGCUGAGUCAGAGAAGAGCCAGAAGCUGGAGGAGAGGCUGCGCCUGCUCCAGGCAGAGACAGCCAGCAACAGUGCCAGAGCCGCAGAACGCAGCUCUGCUCUGCGGGAGGAGGUCCAAACUCUCCGGGAGGAGGCAGAGAAACAGCGGGUGGCUUCAGAGAGCCUUCGACAGGAGCUGGCCUCACAUGCAGAGCGAGCAGAGGAACUGGGACAAGAAUUAAAGGCAUGGCAGGAGAAAUUCUUCCAGAAGGAGCAAGCCCUCUCCACCUUGCAGUUAGAGCACACCAGCACACAGGCCCUGGUGAGUGAGCUGCUGCCUGCCAAGCACCUGUGCCAGCAGCUGCAGGCUGAGCAGGUAGCUGCUGAGAAACGCCAUCGUGAGGAGCUGGAGCAAAGCAAGCAGGCAGCUGGUGGGCUGCGGGCAGAGCUGAUGCGGGCCCAGCGAGAGCUUGGGGAGCUGAUGCCCCUACGACAGAAGGUGGCAGAGCAAGAGCGAGCAGCCCAGCAGCUGCGGGCAGAGAAGGCCAGCUACGCAGAGCAGCUGAGCAGGCUGAAGGAGGCUCAUGGCCUGCUGGCAGAGGAGAACCGGGGCCUGGGUGAGAAGGCCAACCUUGGCCAGCAGUUUCUGGAAGUGGAGCUGGACCAGGCCCGGGAGAAAUAUGACCAAGAGCUGGCAGCUGUGCGUGCUGACGCUGAGGCCCGUCUGACCGAGAUGCAGCGGGAAGCGCAGAAUACUGCCCGGGAGCUGGAGGUGAUGACUGCCAAGUAUGAGGGUGCCAAGGUCAAGGUUCUGGAGGAGAGACAGCGGUUCCAGGAAGAGAGACAGAAACUAACUGCCCAGGUGGAACAGCUAGAGGUAUUUCAGAGAGAGCAAACUAAGCAGAUGGAAGAACUGAGUAAGAAGCUAGCUGACCAUGACCAAGCCAGCAAGGUGCAGCAGCAGAAGCUGAAGGCCCAGGGAGGGGAGAGCCAGCAAGAAGCACAACGCCUCCAGGCCCAGCUGAGUGAAUUGCAGGCCCAGUUGAGCCAGAAAGAACAGGCAGCUGAGCACUAUAAGCUGCAGAUGGAGAAAGCCAAGACCCAUUAUGAUGCCAAGAAGCAGCAGAACCAAGAAUUGCAGGAGCAGCUGCAGGGCCUGGAACAGCUGCAGAAGGAAAACAAGGAGCUGAGGGCCGAAGCCGAGCGGCUGGGUCGUGAGCUACAGCAGGCUGGGUUGAAGACUAAGGAGACUGAACAGACCUGCCGCCACCUUACUGCCCAGGUGCGGAGCCUGGAGGCACAGGUUGCCCAUGCUGACCAGCAGCUUCGAGACCUGGGCAAGUUUCAGGUGGCGACUGAUGCCUUAAAGAGCCGGGAGCCCCAGCCUAAGCCUCAGCUGGACUUGAGUAUUGACAGCCUGGAUCUGAGCUGUGAGGGAACCCCACUCACGAUUACCAGCAAGCUGCCUCGUACCCAGCCAGAUGGCACCAGCAUCCCUGGAGAGCCAGCUUCACCCAUCUCCCAGCACCUGCCCCCCAAGGUAGAAUCCCUAGAAAGUCUCUACUUCACCCCUAUCCCUGCUCGGGGUCAGCCGCCCCUGGAGAGCAGCCUGGACUCCCUGGGGGACGUCUUCCUGGACUCAGGCCGGAAGACCCGCUCUGCUCGUCGACGUACUACGCAAAUCAUCAACAUCACCAUGACCAAGAAGUCAGAUGUGGAAGAGCCAGACAGUGCCAACUCAUCCUUCUAUAGCACGCAGUCUGCCCCUGCUUCCCAGGUCGGCCCGAGAGCCACCUCCUCCACCCAUUCUCUAGCCCGCUUGAGCUCUCCCAAUGAUGGCAACUCAGCUCUGCUCAGCCUGCCUGGCUACCGGCCUACUACUCGCAGCUCUGCUCGCCGCUCCCAGGCCGGGGUGUCCAGUGGCGCCCCUCCAGGAAGGAACAGCUUCUACAUGGGCACUUGCCAGGAUGAGCCUGAGCAGCUGGAUGACUGGAACCGCAUUGCAGAGCUGCAGCAGCGCAAUCGAGUCUGCCCCCCACACCUGAAGACCUGCUAUCCCCUUGAGUCCAGGCCUUCCUUGAGCCUGGCUACCAUCACAGACGAAGAGAUGAAAACCGGUGACCCCCAGGAGACCCUGCGCCGAGCCAGCAUGCAGCCAACCCAGAUAGCUGAGGGCACUGGCAUCACUACCCGGCAGCGCAAACGGGUUUCCUUAGAGCCCCACCAGGGCCCUGGCACCCCUGAGUCUAAGAAGCCCACCAGCUGUUUCCCACGCCCCAUGACUCCCCGGGACCGACAUGAAGGGCGCAAACAGAGCACUGCGGAGGCCCAGAGGAAAGCAGCCCCAACUCUUGGUAAACAGGCUGACCGCCGCCAGUCCAUGACCUUCAGCAUCCUCAACACACCCAAGAAGCUCGGGAAUAGCCUUCUGCGGAGGGGAGCCUCAAAGAAAACCCUGUCCAAGGCCUCCCCCAACACCCGCAGUGGAACCCGUCGCUCUCCUCGCAUUGCCACCACCACAGCCAGCGCUGCCACUGCUGCUGCCAUCGCUGCCGCCACUGCCACUCCUCGGGCCAAGGGCAAGGCAAAGCACUAAAGGACCAGUACCAGUGAGUGGCCCCACCUGUGUUCCUGAUGCUGCCCUUGCUUGCUCCUCCUACUGUCCCCCUCAGUGCCUUCUCAGCUUCCAGGCCAACAGUGUGGCCAAACCCCUGAAGACAGUGAUGCCUGACACACCUUGGCCUGGUACCUGGACCUUUACCAGAGCCUUCACUAGGUGAACAGAUGUGACUUCAGAGUUGGCCUGGAGCCUGGACAGUCUAGGUCCUCUCCCUGCCUUGCCUCCUGAUGUUUUUGCGAAGCAAAGUCAAUUCUCCAUCACAAGAUUUGAGGCUGGUUUUGAAUGGGCCCAGCCAAUCCUCUUCAGCCUCUGGAUCUAGAAGGGACCAUUGGAGGAGCAGGCCCUGGUCCCUGCUAUUCCUGGUGGCUAGGCCUAGAAGGGGCCCUUGCUCUUAAAGUCCAGGACUGGGCGUUGACCUAGUGGGAGCACCCCACCCCCGGAUGCUCCCACCCAUCUAUCCUCAGUUGCCCAGAGGAUGCUCUUUUCCAGGACAGCCAGGCCCACCAGGGUAGGGGAGGAUGGGGGGCAACCUUCAGUGGCAAGCUCAUACCCUGCCUUCUCUAGACUUGUGCUGGGGUGGGAUUUGGAUUGAUGGGAAGGUUUUUAAGGGCCAGGGAUGGAUCUUUUCUAAAUGUUAUUACUUGUAAAUAAAGUCUAUUUUUCUCCCUUG